CUAGCAUCAUCUUCUAUCAAAACCCACCAACUGAGAUAUUGCUUCUUUUAAUGCAAUGCAAAAAGCCCACCAUUUUUACAAAAGCUUCAAAGGUGACAUUGCUUUCUAAGACAAACCCUUCUGGUCAAACAAAUGGACACCCUUUUAAGCACUACACACGAUCCAUAUAUAACACUUACACAUAAAUAUUUGCAUAUGCAUGUUCUUAUUGCGUUUGAUUUUAAACGUGGAAUCAGGAAGACAGUUUUCUGUCUGAAUUUCGCAUGUUUAUUGUAUUUGUGUUUAGUCUUAUAUCUAAAUGGGUUGGUUUUCUUAGAUUAGGUUAGAUUUAACCAAGAUUGAUCUUUGAGCCACUAGCUUGGUACUACUUUUAAAAAAUAUAUAAAUUCAGUGUGAGUAUCACUCUUAUCAGCAUAAUAUAGGCAUAGAUUAUUCUCUAACAAUAAAUGAUUUUUGGAUGUUUGUUCGGUGCUGUGUUUAUAUCUUGGUAUAAGAACUUGUCAAUAUCUGAUGGUAGUAUUUGCUGCAUUUAAUGCUGCUCAAGUAACAUUUUCACUGUGGGGUCGAAACCUUUCUUCGGUGCUACUAUGCAGGAAAUAUAUUGGCGGGGUGGCUCUAGUCUAAAGCCGUUGUACUUCAUGGAAGCAAUAAAAGUUUCAAGACAUAAGCGUUCUAACAGUGAUCCACUUAAAAGAAAAUUUGGGGAAGAUAAAUUGAAUAACACGCUUGAAGCAUCUUACCACCUUAAGCUGCUUAUGUCACAGAAGGAAAUGGGACAUCAUAAGCACUCUGCUGAAGCCAAGAAGCGGCAGCCACCUCAUGCCGAAAUACAAAAUUCAUUAAAGCAAGAGAUUGUACAGCUUCAAGAAAGAUUAAAUCAAGAAUUUGUGGUACGACAUGCAUUGCAGAAGGCAUUAAAUUACAGGCCCUUUUCCCAUGAUACGACAACAGACAAAUCAAUCCCCAAGGAUGCUAAGGAACUGAUCAGGGAUAUAGCAGUUUUAGAGAUGGAAGUUGUGUAUUUAGAACAGUAUCUGCUUUCUCUAUAUAGAAAAACUUUUGAUCAGAGAGUAACCCCUUUACCAACCAUGGAUAAAAGACUCAAAUCAGAUACAACUGAUGAGGGGAUCUUUUCAGAAUUUUGUCAAAGUGAUAUUACUUCAGAGGGAGAAAAUUCUACUGUUCGGACUAGUAAUCUAAAGCCUUGUGAAAAUUCAUAUGGCAAUACUCCAAAGGAAUGCAAUGACAUUUGGGGAGCACAAAAACUUUUAGAUUCUGGCAUUCAUCGGAGCCACUCAUCACUCUCUCAACGUUCAGUUUGUUCAAUUAGAACUUCCACUCCAUUAAAAUCUUUAGCUAAAGCUGUAGACUCUUAUCACUCCGUACCUUUGUCAAUGUUGGAGCAAACUCAGGCUGAUUCUUCAAAUGGAAUCAGCUUGGCAGAGCAUUUUGGGACAAGUGUUUCCGAUUAUGUUCCAGAUACACCAAACUGGAUAUCUGAGGAGAUGAUCAAGUGCAUUUCAGAUAUAUAUUGUCAAAUUGCAGACCCACCUUUGAUCAAUCACGAGUUCUCAUUCUCUCCUAUUUCCCACUCAUCAUCACUGAAUAUGUUUUCUUCGGGUGGUCAGGAUGAUAUUCGGAGUCCUCACUGUGGGAGGUUUUCUUCCUUCAAUUCACUUGUUGAUAACCCUUUCAGCAUUGGGGAGUCCAAGGAAUUCAGUGGACCUUACUCCACAAUGGCAAAGGUGGAAAGGAUUUGCAGAGAUGAUAAUAAAUUAAAAGAAAUUGAACAUAAGCUACAAUAUUAUAGGUCACUUGUUUACCGUUUGGAAAAAGUUGAUCCAAGAAGGAUGAAACAUGAGGAGAAGCUAGCUUUCUGGAUCAAUGUGCACAAUGCUCUGGUGAUGCAUGCAUUUUUGGUAUAUGGAAUUCCCAAAAAUAAUCUCAAAAGAGUAUCUUUACUGCUCAAGGCUGCAUAUAAUGUGGGAGGCCAAACCAUUAAUGUAGAUAUGAUUCAAAGUUCUAUUCUCGGUUGCCGAAUGUCACGUCCAGGACAAUGGCUGCGUUUUCUAUUUUCUUCCAAGGCAAAAUUUAAGGUUGGAGAUGCACGAAAAGCAUAUGCAAUUGAGCACCCCGAACCUCGUUUGCAUUUUGCACUUUGUUCAGGAAGUUAUUCUGAUCCUGCGGUCCAUAUAUACACACCCAAGAGAGUUUUCCAGGACCUGGAAACAGCAAAAGAAGAGUACAUCCAAUCAAACUUCAGUAUAAACAGGGAGCAGAAAAUCCAGUUGCCCAAGAUGGUGGAGUCUUUUGCAAAGGAUUCAAAUUUGUGCUCAGCUGGUUUGCUUGAGAUGCUUGAGCAUUCCUUGCCAGAUCCUUUCCGGAAGAACAUUCAACUAUGUCAACACAAGAAAACUGGAAAGAUUACUGAGUGGAUACCGCACAAUUUCACAUUCCGUUUUCUGCUAUCAAAAGAACUGGCAUAACAAAUGCUACUGUGUCCGGCGGCAGCUAAGACCCUCCUCCAGCACAUGAAUUAUCUUUGCAGUCUUCUAGUUAGCUAGCUUGGUAGCUUAGAAUGACAGAAGAAUCACAAUUAAACUUCUUGUUACAUCAGGCUUGUUUGAUUCAAGAGUCUUUUUUUCCAUUAUCGCAUUGUUGUGAUUCGGCUGUCAUUUCAAAUUGCUUGAGUUCUUUUUGUACAAAUUUGUUAUAUAAGGUAAGGAGGAGACCUGAAUAUCUAAAUGGCUUAUGGCUGUAAGAGGACUCCGUUGUGUGAAA